AUGCAUAUCCUAGUCACUAACGACGAUGGACCACCAUCAUCACACUCCUCGCCAUACAUUCGCUGUCUUGUGAAGCAUCUGGAGGAUGCAGGGCACAUCGUAUCAGUCUGCUUGCCUCAUACCCAGCGCUCAUGGAUCGGCAAAGCCCAUAUGAUUGGGCAAACUCUUAAACCCACGUACUACACGCCUUCAUCCAACAUCCACGGCGAGGACAAUGAGGGAACGACACGUCAAUUGCCCUCUACGGCAGCUGAUGCCGACGAAUGGGUUCUUAUUGAUGGGACGCCGGCAUCAUGUGUCCAGAUUGGAUUGUACCACUUCUUUCAGGAUAAAGGCCCAAUCGACCUAGUUAUCAGCGGACCCAACUAUGGGCGAAAUACGACGUCUGUGUUUGCUCUGAGCUCUGGGACACUGGGUGCUGCACUGGAGGCGGCUGUCUGCAGAAGGAAGGCUAUUGCUCUCAGCUUCGCCUUCUUCUCGAGGAACCACGACCCUCUUAUUAUUGAGGCUGCCUGUCGCCAUGGUGUCCGGGUUAUAGAAGCUCUAUACAAGCAGUGGCCCACGGACGAAAGCGUUGAUGUGUAUAGCGUCAAUGUCCCGCUGGUAGAGGGAGUCGAGGAGCACAAGACACUCUGGGCGGAUAUGCUGCAGAAUUACUGGAAAGAAGGAAGCUGCUUCCAGGAGAUUGAUGGUGAUACAGGCGACGCUGACGAAGAAGAGGCUCGAAUUAGGCAGGGUGAAAUUGAUAACGGGUCGACUUUACAGGAGAAGAAGGGACACAAGCAUAAGCAUUUCAAGUGGGCUCCGAGGAUGGCGGAUGUUUACAAGAGUGUAGAAGAGUCUGGUCCCGGUAACGAUGGGCGAAUUAUUCGAGACGGGAACACAAGUGAAGCGACAAGUGCAGAUGCAGCUUUUCAAGCCAUCAUUGCCUACGAAGAUCCCUAUGUGCAGCCCCUUAUUGUCACUGCACUGAAUGCCAUAUUUCCACGAGGCUUGGUCAAGCUCGUCACGGAUAUUUCGAUGACAGAUGACUUUUCAAUGGCCAAGUUUUUGGACUCUCCGGAGUCUAAAGUAGUACAGAUCACGCCCUACGAAUCCAUUGAUUUCGAGUUUGCGGCAACGCAUCCGACAUCGUGUCUGAUAAACAGCUAUAUGAUCCGCAAGGCCUUGAUCCGCAAGCACUAUCUCUCGGCAACUGUAGAUCACUGGGUUGCGAAGAACCCUGAUUCCCCGCUCAAAAAGCACGUCAAACGAAGCGAAUCCUUUGAAGUCGACUACGCCGAGUUUCUAGACGACGCACUGGUCGAGGCCUUCGAUCUCCGAGAGAGCAUGGACCGCAACGCUGAAAUGGACGGAAGUGAUCCGUCAAAAAGGGAAUGGUGGAUCUUGAAACCCGGAAUGAGCGACCGAGGGCAGGGGAUUCGUCUAUUCAGCACAAUGGAAGAACUACAAGACAUCUUUGACCGUUGGGAAGCAGACCGCCCUGACAGCGACGACGACGAGGACUAUACUCACUACCAAGACACCCACGGCGAAGGCGGCGACUACAUCACUACCUCUCACCUCCGUCAUUUUGUCGCCCAACCCUACAUCCACCCACCGCUUCUCUUGGAUGACCGUAAAUUUCACAUCCGGACCUAUGUCCUCUGCACAGGCAGUCUCACCAUCCAUGUCUACAAACAUAUGCUCGCCCUCUUCGCCGCAAAGACCUACUCUUGUCCCUGGCAAUCGCCCGACGACAUCGAAUCCUUCCUUACAAACACAUGCCUCCAGGAAUCGCCCAACGAGAACUCGGUCCGGCGUUUCUGGGACCUGCCGCUGCCCCAGACGCAGCUCUCUGGUAUAUUUGAACAGAUUUGCAGCGUGACGGGUGAGGUAUUUGAGGCAGCCGCUCGGGCCAUGCCGGUUCAUUUCCAAACGUUGCCGAAUGCGUUUGAGGUGUUUGGGCUGGAUUUCAUGGUUGACCAGGGUGGAAAGACAUGGUUGUUGGAAAUCAAUGCUUUUCCAGACUUCAAGCAGACGGGCGGGGAUUUGAGUGAGAUCGUGGAGGGGUUUUGGAGGGGUGUUAUGAGAGUCGGUGUUGGAAAAUUCUUGGGUGUUGACGUUGCGAAAUGCGAGGAUGAGGGGGAUAUGGUUUUGGCUAGGGAUGUUGAUCUGGGGAAGAGGUGA